AUGGAGAGCUGUCCAGAAAUUCCUCACAGUGCUGGCAGCCUCUGGAAGGGGCUCCUGAUCACAGCUGCUCUCCUCAGCACCUGGAUCCAGUCGGAGUCUACUGAAUCUCCUACAAUGCAACUGAAGCCCAGCCCACCUUAUGGGAUGGUGGGGAGCAACAUCACCUUGUCCAUCCUGGGGCUUUCACAGCAACCUGGAAGAUACACUUGGUUCAGAAAGAACACAAAGGAGUCUAACAGGAUUGUGACCUACAUUGUUCAGACGGGUCAGCAGAUACCAGACAAUGGUCGAGAGACUGUGUUCCCCAAUGGCUCUCUGCUCAUCACCAACCUCACUCUCAGUGACAGUGAUGAAUACAUAGUAGAGCUUUUUUCUACAAGUGAUAGGGGGGGAAACUUUCAGCUAGACUUUCUCAGGAUACAUUUGCAAGUAUAUGGAGAUUUGAAUUUCAGAGGAGGUGUCAUGGCUGGCAUUGUGAUUGGAGUCCUGGCUGGGCUGGCCCUAACUGGGGUCCUCAUCUAUUUUCUGUUCAUCAGAAAGACUGGAGGAGUCUCACAAGGAAUGCUGGGAGACCCAGGCCCAGGAGGGAGAACUCAGAAACAUAGACAGGUUCUGGAAAAUAAUAUUUACUUGCAACAAGACUCAACUCCUUCUGCACAGGAUCUGAACUCCACACCCACCAUUUCUGCAGCAGCUUCUGAAAAUCUUUACCAGGCACUGGAUAUUUCCAAAGUGGAUAUUUAUGACAGUUUUGAUGUCAUGAAGAAGCCUGAAACUAAGGAAAGUGGGAAAAUUUCCUAGAGAUGAUGUCAUAACCUGAUUGCUUUCAUUUUUUUAAGGUGAGAGUUAUAGGCAGCUCUCAGGGGAGAAAGAUCUUAGGGGCAAAAGAGAGAAAAGGGUCAGGUUUAAGGCUCCUAAGGGACCAGAUUUUACAGUAAAGAAGAGAUUUGUGAUGUGAGUGCCUGUUGGCAACACCAGUAUCUAUUAAUUGGAUUUAAGGUAAGGAAGCUAUAUUCUGUGAACCUGAUUGCUUCAAUAACAUAUAAUUUUUCCAUCUUCAUUCUCUCUCCAUAGUUUCUAAGAAAAAGUUUAGUCAUAACAGUUCCAUCCUUGGUCCUGCUGAGCUAAAAGGGAAACAGCCAUCAGUCCCUUCCAGUUGGACAAUUCUAUGGUUCUAAAAGACUACAUGUAACUGUGAGGAAUCACUGCUGGAUUCAGGAGGUUGAAAUACUGGACCACACCUUCCACCAAGGGCCCCGCUACUUUGGAUCCAGAUGAUUUGGACUAGGUUCAUCUCUAAAGGAGCUUGGUCUGUAAUGAGAGGGGAGAGGUAGAGUACUUUCUCUCUUUGGUUUAUAUAGUCCCAGCUCUCAUGAAACAAAUUUAUUCAUAACUUAAGUUACGGCUUAUGUAACUUAAUCUCCCAAAGGGUUAUCUCCCAAAGGGUUAAGGGGUAAAAAAGGUACUUAAUUUACAAAAUGACUCAGGUAUGGGAUAAGUACUUACUUAUGUAUGGGAUAAGUAUAUAAAAAAUGCUAAGUACAAAAACCUGAUAGAGCACUUUAAUAGAACAUCUUAAAACAAAAAUUAUCAAUUUCUUUUUUUAAAAAAAUAUUUUAUUUUAUUUAAUAAUAACUUUAUGUUGACAGAAUCCAUGCCAGGGUAAUUUUUUUUACAACAUUAUCCCUUGCACUCGCUUCUGUUCUGAUUUUUCCCCUCCCUCCCUCCACUCCCUCUUCUAGAUGGCAAGCAGUCCUAUAUAUGUUAGAUAUAUUGCAGUAUAUCCUAGAUACAAUAAAUGUUUGCAGAACCGAGCAGUUCUCUUGUUGCACAGGGAGAAUUGGAUUCAGAAGGUAAAAAUAACCCGCGAAGAAAAACAAAAAUGCAGAUAGUUCAUAUUCAUUUCCCAGUGUUCUUUCUUUGGGUGUAGAUGCUUCUGUCCAUCAUUUAUCAAUUGAAACUGAGUUAGGUCUCUUUGUCAAAGAAACCCACUUCCAUCAGAAUACAUCCUCAUACAAUAUCAUUGUCGAAGUGUACAAUGAUCUCCUGGUUCUGCUCAUUUCACUUAGCAUCAGUUCCUGUAAGUCUCUCCAAGCCUCUCUGUAUUUAUCCUGCUGGUCAUACCUUACAGAACAAUAAUAUUCCAUAACAUUCAUAUACCACAAUUUACCCAGCCAUUCUCCAAUUGAUGGGCAUCCAUUCCAUUUCCAGUUUCUAGCCACUACAAACAGGGCUGCCACAAACAUUAAAAAUCAUCAAUUUCAUAUAUAACUACAAUUACAACCUGCUGGGGGGUGAUGCUAAUUAAAUCUUAUCAUAACAUAAAGAAGUCUGCCGGGUUGGUGAUCAAACAUUUUGAAUUUUUAACUAGAUUUUGCAUUUUCCAAACAACUCUUGAUAUAUACUGGUAAAACCAAUACUAUUGUCUUAUACACAUGGAGACUACAGUCAAGCUUCCCAGGACUCUGGAUGAGAAGACCAAUGAUCUUUUAAACACAAAUUAUUUAGGAAGGAAUUCUCUAUUUGUUUUUUUUUUUAACUGUUGGGAAAACCAGAAAGCAUGACAGCAGAAAUUAGGCUUAAAUUAACAUCUUAAGCUAUCUUCAUGAUAAACUUUAAGUGGAUGCAUAGCAUUAAUAUUAAAGAUGAUAUUAUAAAAAUUAGAAGAGGAGCACAUCGUAUAUUUCUUGUAGCUAAGGGCAGAAAAUGCAUCCUCUCUUAAUAAUAUAUAUAUUUUUUCAAUUGUAUGUAAAGGUAAUUUUCAGCAUUCAUUUUUGUAAGAUUUUGAGUUCUAAGUUUUUUUCCUUUCCUUCCUGUCUUCUCCCAUCCCCAAGACAUCAAGUAAUCGGAUAUAGGUUAUGAAUGUACAAUCAAGUUAAACAUUUUCAUAUUAAUCAUGUUGUGAAAAAAGAAUCAGAUAAAAAGGAAAAAAAAUAAGAAAGAAAAAAACAAAGAACAUUAAAAAAAUGUGAAAAUGAUAUGCUUUCAUCUGCAUUCAGUCUCCAAAGUUCUUUGUCUGAAUGUUGAUAGAUUUUCUACCUCGAGUCUUAGAAUUGUCUUGGGUUAUUGUAUAAUUGAGAAGAGUUUAGUUUAUCAUACUUAAUUGUCACACAUUGUUGCUGUUAUUGUGUACAGUGUUACACUGGUUUUGCUCACUUCACUCAGAAUGAGUUUAUAUGUCUUUCCAGGUUUUUCUGCAAUCUACCUCCUCAUCAUUUCUUAUAUAAUUAUACAAUUCCAUUACAUUCACAUGCCACAGUUUAUUCAGCCACUCCCUAGGUGAUGGGCAUAUGCUCAAUUUCCAGUUCUUUGCCACCACAAAGAAAGCUGCUAUAAAUAUUUUUGUACCUAUGGGUCCUUUUUCCUUUUUAUAAUCUCCUUGGGAUACCCCAAAAUAGUCUUGCUAGAUUAAGGGGCAUGUACAGUUUUAUAACCCUUUAAGCACAGUUCCAAAUUGCUCUCCAGAAUAGUUUGAUCAGGACACAACUCCACCAACAAUACAUUAGUGUCCCAGUUUUCCCCUAUCCCUUCUAACAUUUAUCAUUUAGCCAAUUUGAGAGGUGUAAAGUGGUAUCUCAGAGUUGUUUCAUUAAUUCCAUUGAUAUUCUUGACCUUGAGUUCUUCCAGAUGAAUUUUGUUAUUAUUUUUUCUAGCUCUAUAAAAUAGUAUUUUGUCAGUUUAAUUGGUAUGGCACUGAAUAAGUAUGCUAAUUUAGGUAGAUUACCAUUUUUAUUAUAUUAGAUUAGCCUACCCAUGAGCAAUUAGUAUUUUUCUAAUUGUUUAGAUCUGACUUUAUUUGUGUGAAAUGUGUUUUGGAAUUGUGUUUAUAUAGUUCUUGGGUUCAUUUGGCAGGUAGAUUUGAAAAUAUCUUAUAUUGUCUACAGUUAUUUUAAAUGAACUUUCUAUUUCUUGUUGCUGAGCUUUGUGAUUAAUAUAUAGAAAUGUCAAUGAUUUGUGUGAGUUUAUUUUAUAUCCUGCAACUUUGCUAAAGUAAUUAAUUAUUUUAAGUGGUUUUUUAGUUGAUUCUCUAGGAAUCUAGUUAUGCCAUCAUAUCAUCUGCAUUAUCUAUCUUAUUUCCUCAUUGCCUAUUCUAUUUUUUUUUAAUAGUGCAGUUUAAUUUAUUUGGAAUUGCUUGAAGUCCAGACUCAAAAAGUAGUCACUAGUAGCUCAAAGUUUGACCUCUGCUGGGUCUUGUGAUAUUUAACAUUUUUAUCUGUAAGGAAGUACAUUCAAUUGGAUGACAUUAACUUUGCAUCAUGCUUUCAGCUGGGAGACAAUAACAUUCUUUAAAAUUUUUUUUUAAAUUUUCCCUGGUUACAUGUAGAAACAACAUUUUUUUGGUUAUACAUGUAAAUUCCUUUUUUUUUUUUUUUUUUUUUUUUUACAUAUUUCCUUAUGCAUCAUGUUGGGAAAGAAAAAUCAGAACAGAAGGGAAAAACCAUGAGAGGAAAAAAAAACAGAAUAAAAAGAAAAAAAAAUGAACAUAGUAUGUGUUGAUUUAUAUUCAGUCUCCACAGUUCUCUCUCAUCAUUUCAAUGAUAUUUUAUGUCUAAAGUUUUUUUGGGAUUACCUUGGAUCACUGAACUGCUGAGAAGAACCAAGUCCAUCAUAAGUUGAUCAUUGUACAAUUUUGCUGUUGUUGUAUAUAAUGUUUUCCUGGCUUGUUUCACUCAACAGGAGUGCUCUUUGCUUCUCUUUAUUGGAGAGUUCAUCCCAUUUAUGUUUACAGUUAUGAUGACUGUGUGAUUUCUCUCCUCUGUUUUCAAUUAUUUGUACUUUUCUCUCUUCUUUCACCUUGUCCCUCCUCACCAAUGUCUUGCUUUUGAUUCCUACUUCCUUCAAACUGCCCUCCCUUCUACCAGCCCCACCUUUUCUUUCCCCUUUCCUCCAUUGUUUCCCCAGAGGGUAAGAUAAAUUUCUAUACCCAAGUGUGUAUGUUACUUCCUUUUCAAACUAAAUCUGAUAAGAGUAAGAUUCAAACAAUGCUCACUCCCUCCUUUAUUUCCCAAUACUGUAAUAGGUCUUUUGUGUCUCUUCAUGUGAUGUAAUUUACCCUUUCUGCCUCCCCCUUUUCUCUUCUCCCAAUACAAUUAA